GGCGCCGUUUACGUUCGGUUGUGACGUGUGUGUACGUUGUAGCGUAAGUUAGCCUUAAAAGGGACGGACCGGCAGCGCCCCUUGCUACCUGCGUGUGUUCGUUGUGCUUUAAAGUAUGAACAAAGGGGUUUUUACAGCAGCUCGGGGGAGGAGACCAGCGGUUCCCGACAAAGUGGACAUGUCCUUAGAUGACAUCAUUCGGUUGAACAAAAAAGAGCAACAGUCAAAAAGGAGACAGGCCCCUGCGAACCGUCGACCGGUGAAGAGGACGGGCCGUUUCCCCCAAGCGAGGGGAGUCGCGUCAAGACCCGCCGGAGCGGUCCAGCGAGCAGGUGGAGGCGUCCCUCGAGGAGGAGCAGCAGCAGCUAAAUUGAGAAUCCGGAGAGUCCCUCCCCCGCCGGGGCGACGACGGGGUCAAGGGGUCAUCACGGGACUGGCGGCGAGGCGGCCCGCUGCCCUCCUGAAGCGACUCGGGACAAUUAACAGAGCAGGGGUCGGCCAGAAAACUAGACCAAAAACAAAGCCGUUCAUUCAGCGCGGCGAGGCCCCGUACAGGAAGCAAGAGGCACAGCGGCGGCCCUACGGGCAGCCGGAUCCUCCGAGCGGUCACAACGCCACAGCGGUCAGGAGACCGUUUCAGCUGCGGCGCCGGCCAAUGCCGCCAGUCCAGCAGACUCGGAGGGAAGCGCGCCAGGCGAUAUUUCUUUUUCACAGAGGACUCAAGGUACAGGCCCAGGUGCAAAAGUCCAAUCCUCACAUUCCUCCAGUCCGAACUCGGCAGUGGCGCUCAUCAGCAACCAGUGAGGGGAUCUUGACCGUUUCCAUUGACAACCCCACAGCCAGGACUCAGCCAGAGCCGCCCUCCGCUUGGACCCUGCACCCCCCAGCAGCCGUCCCUGCUACGGUGAAGAUGGAAGUAGUGGAGAAGAAAAUCCCCAAAGGAGUGCCACUGCAAUUUGACAUCAACAGUGUUGGGAAACCGCAAACAUCAAUCACUCUAAAUGAGCGAUUCCGCGUCCUUAAAGAUCAGCGCGCCACCACUGCACAAAGUGGCAAGGGCAGCCGGUUCGUCACCGUUGGUUAGCCGCCAAGAAAAGCCCGACGAGUAAUACUCAAGGCGCCCGUUUGUUCUGCUUGGAGCCACUGUGAGCCACACCUUUCUGAUGGGAUGUGCUGACCCACCUUACUUACGGGAGGAUGACAGCGGGGCACCAGCACAACAUGCACAAUUGUGAAUUGAGUCCCAAUUCACUUCCAUGUUAUUUUACUCCACUGUUUAUAUCGUGGACGUCCUUUACUGUGCAAGGACCAUGACCCCCCCCCCCCCCCAGGACAUGGGACUGUUGAUGCACCAUGAAGACUGCUCAAAAGUAUUGUUUCAGAGGAACGCUAUGCAUUUGUUUUAGGUGGCACAUAUGGUUUAAAGACAUAGGAAUUGUUUUUAUGUUUGUUCAAUAAAUGAGUUUCUCCUUUU